AAGGUUUGCCGAUGAAAUUCGAGAUCGCUUUACUUGCUUCAACGUCAGCUAUGAGGGAUGGAAUACAGGCAGAGUGGUAUACCAUUAAGGUCCCAGAUCCAGAGUGUCCUCCUCCUUCCUCUUCGUCAAAUGUAGUAACUACCAUCCAGAAACCGCUCCGUCCGUUUUCUAAAGUCUUGUUAGCUUGGGCAUACAGAGAACAUGCAGUCAUAGGGUCCAGUCUGUACUCUCUUGGCGGCAUGAAUCCUGAUUCUGAACCUUUCGCCGGCGUAACUACCCCCGAAUUCGCUCGUUUUCUUAAAGUGCGCAGCUUUGACCUUAGCACUCCUGAUGAUGGUUGGAAACCUGUUGCUACCAUGACUUUUCCUGAGAGGUUCCAACCUCCCUGCGUCGUCCUCGACGAUAAGUUAUACGUGUUCGGUAACGUUUCUCCUUCAGAAGUAGAAGCAAAAGGGUAUGGCUGGAUGGAGGUUUAUGACCCCGAUUCAAAUACAUGGGAACCCUUGCCCAAUCCUCCUCUUGGGUUUUCACUCUCGGCUCGUUCUCUUGCUUAUUACGCUACUCUCGAUUCCAAAAAACAGAUUCUUGAUGAAGAUGCGAGUUUGUUUGCUACUUUCUAUGUUUAUCAUGUGAUCGAUCGAUGUUGGACAUUACUUGAGCCUCCCAAGCGCAAGCUACGUCCUUUUUAUCAUGACCCGGUUCGUGGAAGACGAAGUAGUCUUGUUGAUAACACUAUCUAUUGGGGUUUCCUUCUAGAUGGGUUUGUCCGCGUACAGUCUCACAAUAUAGAUACGGAUCUGUACUUCCACGGACGUUUGGACGCUAAGCCAAUUUUUGAGGAUGGUGAAUUUGCAGAUCAGUAUUCUCCAAAGCUACCUUUGCUCCAUGUAGCUGAUCAGACAUUCUGCCUUUUAAUGUUCAGCUUUUUUCAGAAAAUGGAAGGGGAAGACAGUGGGGAAGACAGUGAUUUUGAAGACAAUGGUAUCGUAUUUCUUAAUUGUAUUGUACUUGAUAUCUCUCUAGAUCCAUUUAAAGAUGAGGGCAAGCAAAAGUCUAAAGAAGAGCUCGAUGAAAUUCAUAAAUAUCAUUUCUUCGGGGAUUCCAGUAAACAGCUUAAUAUUUCCCUUGUGUCCGUCCAAAAGUAUCCCGUGCGUAAUGGUAGCUUCUGGCUCAAUGAUGCUGUGUUGCUGUAAGUUUAUUGCUCUCUCUCUCUUUCUAUUUUGCACUUUCUUCUUUCCUCAGUCAUUCCAAAUGUUUUUUGUUUUAAAUAUAUAUA